UAUUAUAUCCCCAUCAAUCAACUGCGCGCAUUUUAUUAUAAACCUUAAAAAAAUGGCCACAAGUCAUGAAGUUAAACUGACUCAGAUGAAGGAACAUGUUCAGAAGCUCGGAUCUUCAGCCGAGAAGUAUGGAGAUGCAACACUAGAGAGGUUCUUGAUAGAUAAAUCAAUGGAUCCGAAUAAAGCAGCAAAGUUGUUUGUUGCAUGGCAAAAUUGGAGGUCUUCUUUUGUGCCACUAGGGUUUAUCCCUGAAUCAGAAGUUGUUGAAGAGUUAAACGCUAAAAAGGUAUUUCUUCAGGGUUUAUCCAAAAGUGGGCAUCCACUUGUGAUUCUUCAAGCUAACAAGCAUUAUCCUGCUAAAGAUCAGAAUCAAUACAAGAAAUUUAUGGUCCAUAUGCUUGACAAAGCAAUUGCUAGUGGAAUCAAAGGCACGGAAAUUGGAAAUGAGAAGAUAGUUGUGAUUAUGGAUAUGCAGAAACUUGCCUAUAAGAAUGUCGAUACUCAUGGAUUUAUUGCUGGAUUUCAAAUUCUUCAGUCUUACUACCCAGAGCGGUUAGCAAAACUUUACAUGCUAAAUAUGCCGUGGUUUUUUGCGAGUGUUUGGAAGAUAAUUUCUCGUGUUUUAGAGAAAUCAACAUCGGACAAGAUUGUGAUAAUAUCUGGCGAGAAAGGAAGUAAACAACUAAUAGAAGAAGUUGGCAAGGAGGCAUUGCCUGUGGAACUCGGUGGGAUGGCGAAACUUGUGCUACUUCAAGAUGUCCAAGUGCCCCAACUUAAAUGUUGAUGAACAUCAUAAGAAGAAAUUAAUCGUCUAUCUUUCCAUUUCAAUUUGAAUUUACUCGUCUUCUCUAUCGUAUGUUUAACAACAAAAAUAAGAGUUAGUCAAGUUGGCUAAUUAUUAUGCUUGAAUAUUACAUGUUUUAUGAACCUUUUCUUUUAGGUUUGAUGCCUAAACAGUCUUCUCAA